CUGUGUAACACAUCUGCAGAUUCAUGAUCAAAAUGAAGUAUUUUCUUGUAAUUGCUGCUUUAUUAUGUUAUGUUACUGUUUUAAAUGCUGAAUCGAAAGAAAAUAGCACUGUCAUAGCCGCGACAAUUGAACUGAAGUCUAAUUCAAGUCAUCAAAACGUAUCUGAACAUCAGUCACCGGAAUGUGUAUUAAAACCAAGAGUGCCAGGGCAGCGUGUAGGUUCCAGAAUGACGAUUCCUGUUAUAACGUUUACUGCCAGCACGGUUGGAAAUACUAUCGCCAUCUUUGUAAUUUGGAGAAACCAAAAACGUUCCGACAAAAAGUCGGUAUUCUAUACACUAGUAAUGUCGUUGGCGAUGCUCGACCUGAUCAGCACGUUGGUCACUUCUCCAGUCACCUUUCUCGCUUACAACAAUAACCAAUGUGUAAUGGACAUGGGUGGAAAACCUUUAUGUGAAUAUUCUGGUUUCGCUAUGAUCUUCUUUGGCACCGCAUCAAUGGCUGUGGUCUUUGCCAUGUCUUUUGAACGGUUCAUCGCAAUUCGAUUUGCGUUUUUCUAUCACACAAAAGUCACUCCUUUCAGAACAAGAUCCAUGAUUAUUGGCAUUAAUGCGUUUUUCUUGUUGUUAUCGGCUAUGCCGUUGGUCGGUUUUGGUCAAAUACAGCAGCAAUACCCAGGAACGUGGUGCUUUAUAGAUUGGAAGUCCCACAUACCUACACACCAGGCGUUUAAUUUAUUAGUUGCUGUACUGGGAACACUUAUGAUGGUCGGGACAGUUGUCUCCAACCUGUACGUCGUUGUGCGAGUCAUCAUAAAAAGAAAAAAGAUGAGAAUCAGAAACAGCACAAUGCAAGUGAUGAGCAAAACUCGCCUUAAGAAGAUCGCUUACGAUGAGACACAGAUGAUGGUCCUUCUUGGUGUAAUGACUUGCGUGUUUAUUAUUUGCUAUCUUCCUCUACUGUUGCGUAUUCUCAUCAACCAAUUGUCAACGAUAUACAGUCCAGAAGCAGAUAAUUCCACCACAAUUCUAUGGGAUCUGUUUGCCGUGCGCAUGGCCGCCAUAAACCCUGUACUUGAUCCUUGGGUUUAUAUUCUUUGCCGGCGCUCGACGAUGGCAAAGUUUGGAAAUUUAAUGAAGAUGUUGUUCACAUGUAAAUGUAGUAAGACAGAGCUGCAGAAUAUCUGCCUCAGUAGCAGGGAAUAUAAAAGGAGAGCUUCUGCAAAGAGUCUAUCUGCCACCGCUUUUAGACAAACAAAGGUGUCUGAAAGUACUACACAAGAACCCGUGGAGAAGAAGUUUGUGCCAAAAAAACGAAAGCUCAAGUCCCAACGACAGGGGCGAGUGAGCCUUUGGCACCUAUACGCGAGAACAAGUAGUUUCCGCUGAUUGCAAAUUGUGUUUCGUUCUGCUUAGUAAAAGACACGUAAUUUCUGUUA